AUGACGCCGACAUCCAUGGGCGUUUCUUGCCUUUGUGGAACCAUCGCCCAGCGAGUCAGUCCGCGUCGCACCGACUCGAAAGUCACCGAGAUAUCCAUCACUCACAGCGACACUGACAGACGCGCGACCGAACAUAUCGGCGCCGAUGGAUACACGAGAUGCUUCUGUCGCAUGUGCGGCUGUCACAUUUUUCGACGCAAGGCGGUGGGAGAACAGACGGAGUGGGAGGCAGCGACUGGAGUCUUGAUCGAUAGCACCCGUGACAACGCCGAGCAUGACGCGCGCUUCACGGUGCACACAUCAGUUUCCGACACCAAAGACGGCGGCAUCUCCGUAUGGUUACCCCAGAUAGACGGCCACACGCUGGACGCAGCCCGAAAUCCGGACUUCUCCGUGGAGCUGCAAGAGAGCUCGUCCCUGCUGCCGCUAACAUCUCCGCUUGUUCCGGCGGACUCGCUGCCGGCAUCGUGUGCCUGCGGAGCCGUGAGCUUCCACAUUACCCGCCCUGACGAGCGAAGCUACCUCCCGCACUCCGGCUUCUCCGAUCUGCUCUACCCCGCCUGCAAGCAUUCCGAGCACAUCAUUAAGAGUCCGGACAGCGUGAAAUGGUGGAUCCGCGCCGACGGGACCAAAUACCUCGCCGGGACCUGCGCCUGCCGCCCAUGCCACCUUGCCUCGGGGUUCGAGAUCCAGACCUGGGCGUUUGUGCCCCGCGAGAACAUCUUCCUCCAUACACCGGGCCCCGAUGAGCGACGCGCUGUGCUCCCGCUCGACUUCGCGGCGCUACCACCGGGCGUGCUGCGGACCUACGAGUCGUCGCCGGGGGUGCUGCGCGAGUUCUGCGGCGGCUGCGGGGCCACGGUCUUCUGGCACGACAUCUGGCGGCCGGAUGUCAUUGAUGUCAGUGUCGGCCUGCUCCGCGCCCCGGAGGGUGCCAGGGCCGACACGUGGCUCGACUGGUGGACGGGUCGCUGCAGUUUCGAGGAAGAGGCGAGCAGGGGCCGGACAGGAGAACCCGCGCGCAUGGCCAGGAGAUUAAUCGAUGGUCUGGAACGAGGCUUGGGCUCACAGGCGCAGUCAAGUUGA